AGGAGCGGAGAAGGCCGGGGGCAGCCGGCGAAGAUCCCCGCGGCAUGAGGCGGGAGGAAGCGGUGGCGGUGACCUCGGUGGCGGCGCCGGAGCCGGUCCGCGACGGGGAGCAGCCUCGGCCGCCGGCAGGACUGGGGUGCGGGGCGCGAGGGGAUCCCGGCGGCGGCGGACCCCAGGAGUCUUGCAAACAGCGGAAGAAAUUCUUGUAUUCAGAACCACAUAAGCGAAUUAAGGAAGUACUGGAAGAAGAACUUUAUAUUAAAAGAGAUGAAUGCCACAUUAAAAACCCACCUGCAGUGGCCCUGGAAGGGAUUUGGAGCAUUAGAAGGAAUCUCCCUGUGGGAGUCUUGAAGCCAGGACUGCGGAGCAGAAACAGUAUGCUGCCACAAGCCAAGUACUAUUCGAGGCACGGAGGGCUGGGAAGUAAGAUCCGGACACUCCUGACUUCUGCUGAAGCCCCUGAGGGCGCCGAUUAGUUCACAGACCAGCGGAUAAGAUGAAUACAUUUUUCCAGUGAGAAGAAACUUCCUUCUCCUGAUGCCUGAAAAAACAAGAGCCCAAGCUUGUUUCACAGUUUAAGAUGUGUAAAAAAAAAAUGUAUAUUAGUCUGUAAUUCUAAUUAUUGGUAUUAAUUCCCCUCUAUAAAUUAAUCCGAGGCAAUGGAAGACUAUUGGCAAAGUUUGCUAAGCACCUGGAAACAAGGAAGAAUAUUAUAUUUACUUUUAGUUGGCACAUUUGGAAUACAUUGAGUUGCUGAUUUAACUUAUUUUAUUAAAUGUGUGAAACAUGAU